AUGGACCACCACCACCUCGCCAUCAUCUCCCAGUUCAAGCAGAGGGUGUUGCUGGACCCCGAGUCGCAGCUCGACUCCAUUGGCAGCCUGAACCGCGGCCACAAGCUUGCCGCCGCCGAGGGCCCCGUGGCCGAGGUCAUCGAAGCCACGUCGGCGCUCCACCCCCACGCCGUCGAGUACGACGGCCGCAACUACCUUGUGUGGCUGCUGGAGGCCGUCGACCGCUCCAAUCGCUAUCGCAAGCGCAAAUGGCACCAGACGUUCGAGCCGUCGGCGCUCGAAGCCGCGUCCGACGAAGGUGGCGACGACGACGACGAUGACGACGAUAUCGACCACCCUUACAAGCAAGUGGCCAUCGGCGAGCUCCUUGCCCCGAUAAACCACCCGCUGGAGAUUGUGCUGCACCCAGCGGCGUCGCGGACCUACCGACUGCCGAUCUUUAACCUGAUGGCUAUGGAGCUCAUCGAGUUGAUCGAGGUGGAGCAAACCAAUUUGAACUGGCUCAAUAAGUUGCUUCAAGUGCUCAACGGCGAGGACUGGUACUACCUUUUGGACGACCACUUGGGGCUUCCAAAGUACAACCACGGUCUCACCGACGAUAAGCCUCCGCAGACCGACGAAGACGGCAACGACCCGUUUUUCGCUCUUCCCGAGGCAUUGACCCGCUACGACGCCCAUCAGCGCGCCCUGGAGGCCGACGAUGACGUCCUUAAGGAGGAGCUCAUCAACUACCUCCAAGUACUGAUCCAGAGACAACACGAAUACAUCAAGAACUUGACCACCAUCCGCAACGGGCUUGUGCGAUCCGACCGCUUGAAGCGUGACAUAUACAAGUGGAGCAAGGAAAUGCACGAUAAGAAGAGCACUUAG